AUGGCCAUUAUUUUGCAGGGUUCGAGGACGAAGAUAGUCAAGAAACGCAAGGAUCUUCUCCGAAUAUUCCAGGGGAGGAAAAUUGCACAAACAAUGCCUUUAAGCUUAAUCUCAAGAGUAAGAUUAAGGCUUCCCAGAGUUUGCGAUGGGUUAUUGUGUUCACUAUUACUAUCUGGCACUGUUGGAAAUGGCGUUCUCGUUCAACUUUCAAUCCUGACUAUGAGCCACCUUCCAAUCCUCAUCACACAAUUCUUUAGUGUGCUAAGGAAUGAUUUGAUAUUAAUAAGAUGGUUAAUGAGUUAUGGAGUCUCCUUAGAGGCUCCUUGGCUUAGAAUAAGGGUAUUAGGACCCUUGAUAUUGAAUGCGACUUUUAUCUAUUGUUUCUCUGAUGGCCAAGAACAAAACAGAGAUGUUGACCACCUUGCUAGUUUGGGGUAUGAUUUACCUUUUGGGCUUCUUAAUUUUAAGUCAGCUCAGGAUUCUAUUUCGAACAUCUUGUUGAACGAUGUGCUAGGAAGGGCCUUUGAGAGGGCUGUGAUCUGUUAG